AUGUGCAGGAAGUGCAGCGGGCGCUCUUCAUUGGCGAGCGCCGAUGCCCCCGUCCCACGCCCGCCCCCGCCCCGUCCCGCGCCCGCCCCCGCCCCCGUCCCGCGCCCGCCCCCGCCCCCGUCCCGCGCCCGCCCCCGCCCCCGUCCCGCGCCCGCCCCCGCCCCCGUCCCGCGCCCGCCCCCGCCCCCGCCCCCGUCCCGCGCCCGCCCCCGCCCCCGUCCCGCGCCCGCCCCCGCCCCCGUCCCGCGCCCGCCCCCGCCCCCGUCCCGCGCCCGCCCCCGCCCCCGUCCCGCGCCCGUCCCCGCCCCCGUCCCGCGCCCGCCCCCGCCCCCGUCCCGCGCCCGCCCCCGCCCCCGUCCCGCGCCCGCCCCCGUCCCCGUCCCGCGCCCGCCCCCGCCCCCGUCCCGCGCCCGCCCCCGCCCCCGUCCCGCGCCCGCCCCCGCCCCCGUCCCGCGCCCGCCCCCGCCCCCGUCCCGCGCCCGCCCCCGCCCCCGUCCCGCGCCCGCCCCCGCCCCCGUCCCGCGCCCGCCCCCGCCCCCGUCCCGCGCCCGCCCCCGCCCCCGUCCCGCGCCCGCCCCCGCCCCCGUCCCGCGCCCGCCCCCGCCCCCGUCCCGCGCCCGCCCCCGCCCCCGUCCCGCGCCCGCCCCCGCCCCCGUCCCGCGCCCGCCCCCGCCCCCGUCCCGCGCCCGCCCCCGCCCCCGUCCCGCGCCCGCCCCCGCCCCCGUCCCGCGCCCGCCCCCGCCCCCGUCCCGCGCCCGCCCCCGCCCCCGUCCCGCGCCCGCCCCCGCCCCCGUCCCGCGCCCGCCCCCGCCCCCGUCCCGCGCCCGCCCCCGCCCCCGUCCCGCGCCCGCCCCCGCCCCCGUCCCGCGCCCGCCCCCGCCCCCGUCCCGCGCCCGCCCCCGCCCCCGUCCCGCGCCCGCCCCCGCCCCCGUCCCGCGCCCGCCCCCGCCCCCGUCCCGCGCCCGCCCCCGCCCCCGUCCCGCGCCCGCCCCCGCCCCCGUCCCGCGCCCGCCCCCGCCCCCGUCCCGCGCCCGCCCCCGCCCCCGUCCCGCGCCCGCCCCCGCCCCCGUCCCGCGCCCGCCCCCGCCCCCGUCCCGCGCCCGCCCCCGCCCCCGUCCCGCGCCCGCCCCCGCCCCCGUCCCGCGCCCGCCCCCGCCCCCGUCCCGCGCCCGCCCCCGCCCCCGUCCCGCGCCCGCCCCCGCCCCCGUCCCGCGCCCGCCCCCGCCCCCGUCCCGCGCCCCCGCCCCCGCCCCCGUCCCGCGCCCGCCCCCGCCCCCGUCCCGCGCCCGCCCCCGCCCCCGUCCCGCGCCCGCCCCCGCCCCCGUCCCGCGCCCGCCCCCGCCCCCGUCCCGCGCCCGCCCCCGCCCCCGUCCCGCGCCCGCCCCCGCCCCCGUCCCGCGCCCGCCCCCGCCCCCGUCCCGCGCCCGCCCCCGCCCCCGUCCCGCGCCCGCCCCCGCCCCCGUCCCGCGCCCGCCCCCGCCCCCGUCCCGCGCCCGCCCCCGCCCCCGUCCCGCGCCCGCCCCCGCCCCCGUCCCGCGCCCGCCCCCGCCCCCGUCCCGCGCCCGCCCCCGCCCCCGUCCCGCGCCCGCCCCCGCCCCCGUCCCGCGCCCGCCCCCGCCCCCGUCCCGCGCCCGCCCCCGCCCCCGUCCCGCGCCCGCCCCCGCCCCCGUCCCGCGCCCGCCCCCGCCCCCGUCCCGCGCCCGCCCCCGCCCCCGUCCCGCGCCCGCCCCCGCCCCCGUCCCGCGCCCGCCCCCGCCCCCGUCCCGCGCCCGCCCCCGCCCCCGUCCCGCGCCCGCCCCGCCCCCGUCCCGCGCCCGCCCCCGCCCCCGUCCCGCGCCGCCCCCGCCCCCGUCCCGCGCCCGCCCCCGCCCCCGUCCCGCGCCCGCCCCCGCCCCCGUCCAGCGCCCGCCCCCGCCCCCGUCCCGCGCCCGCCCCCGCCCCCGUCCCGCGCCCUCCCCCGCCCCCGUCCCGCGCCCGCCCCCGCCCCCGUCCCGCGCCCGCCCCCGCCCCCGUCCCGCGCCCGCCCCCGCCCCCGUCCCGCGCCCGCCCCCGCCCCCGUCCCGCGCCCGCCCCCGCCCCCGUCCCGCGCCCGCCCCCGCCCCCGUCCCGCGCCCGCCCCGCCCCCGUCCCGCGCCCGCCCCCGCCCCCGUCCCGCGCCCGCCCCCGCCCCCGUCCCGCGCCCGCCCCCGCCCCCGUCCCGCGCCCGCCCCCGCCCCCGUCCCGCGCCCGCCCCUGCCCCCGUCCCGCGCCCGCCCCCGCCCCCGUCCCGCGCCCGCCCCCGCCCCCGCCCCCGUCCCGCGCCCGCCCCCGCCCCCGUCCCGCGCCCGCCCCCGCCCCCGUCCCGCGCCCGCCGCCCGCCCCCGUCCGCGCCCGCCCCGCCCGCCCGCGCCCGCCCGCCCCCGCCCCCGCCCGCGCCCGCCCGCCCCCGCCCGCGCCCGCCCGCCCCCGUCCGCGCCCGCCCCCUAA